AUGGUUCGCCAGUUCAAGCAUCACGAACAAAAGCUUCUCAAGAAAGUCGACUUUCUCAACUGGAAACAAGAUGCAAACUUGCGUGAGAUCAAGGUCAUGCGCAGGUACCACAUCCAGGACCGGGAGGAUUACCACAAAUAUAACAAACUCUGUGGCUCCCUCCGUUCGUACGCCCACCGACUCUCCCUUCUCCCUGCGCAAGACCCUUUCCGGGCAAAAAUGGAAGGCCAGCUCUUGUCGAAGCUAUACGACAUGGGCGUGCUGAACAACACCGCAAAGCUCAGCGACAUCGAAAACAAGCUCACUGUUGCGGCGUUCUGCAGACGACGACUCGCGGUCAUAAUGUGCAUGUCGAAAAUGUCAGAAACGGUUAGCGCGGCCGUCAAGUUCAUCGAGCAGGGUCACGUCCGCGUAGGCCCGGACACGAUAACAGACCCUGCAUACCUCGUCACCAGGCACAUGGAAGACUUCGUAACCUGGGUCGACACGUCGAAGCUCAAGCGCACGAUCAUGCGGUACAACGACGAGCUCGACGACUUCGACCUGCUGUGA